AUGUUCGACAAAGGGCUUGUGUACCGUGGCGUGAAAGUGAUGCCUUUUUCAACUGCCUGCUCCACGCCGCUGUCCAAUUUCGAGGCUGGUCAGAACUAUAAAGAUGUCCAGGAUCCCGCAGUUAUCGUGAGCUUUCCUCUGGAUACUCAGAAGGAUGUGGAGUUUGUUGCAUGGACCACUACACCAUGGACUUUGGUGAGCAACCUUGCCUUAUGUGUUCACCCCGACAAGGAGUACGUCAAGGUUUUGGGUAAGAUUUCCAACCUCGAUUUCAAUUUUGCGCAUUCAUAUGUUUGCUUCUCAAUAGUAUGA